AUUGGGGAGAUGUGAGGAUGCUUUGUCACAAAGGGAGGACCCAAGAAACAAUCAAGAUGUCGCAAACGACACAGUAAAGACUGUGUGGUUCCAACAAGGUUUCCCGACCUAUUUCCAUCCAACGAGACGAGACGCUGGAUUCAUCCUUGUGAAACCGACAGUCUGGUUCUAGCCCAAUGUCAGGGCAACGCCGAUGCGCCUUGUCCGCAAAAAGGCAAAAGCUGGAAGCCAAGAGGAAGCAAAGAAGAAGCGAGGCGACGUCAAUGUCCGUCUUAGAUGUGCUUGCUGCACGGUUAUGUUGCAUGACAAGGCUUAUCAACCCGAACGACAACGGCGGCACCAUCCAACCACCACCACAACAACAACAACAACCUGUGAACCAAAGAGAGGGGACCAUGAACAGACGGGUCCUCACUUCACCCCACACAAGCAACACCCACCGGCACUUCCCAAAAGAUUAACACCAAACCGCCAACUUUCACAUCCCACCUCGUCCUCCAGCCAAAAAGUCUUCUCAGCUGCGCCUUUCUACCAGAUCAGCAAAUCAGAGCGAUACAUAACCAUCAAAGAACACAAUUAUAAUCAGGGUCUUGGUGGUUCAAGGCACCACCUUUCCGUGUGCCCAAAGGAACCAACGCCGGGUUCAACAAGGCAUUGCCACCAAAAGUUUCCGGCUCGUCAAACUUCACCUGGACCGGUCCAGACAAACACAUGACAAUCCUCGCUACCACAUCGCCCAGGAUCACCAGAGCCAGUCAUUAGCCACAUCGCCUCAUCUCGCCUCGACCCAUCUCAUUUGCUCGUAUC